GUUCGUCUCAGUCGUCUCUAUAUAUAACAGAGUGAUCGUGAGGAGUUUGCGAGAAAAACACAAGAAGAAGUAAAAAAGGAAAUUUCAAAGCUCAGUAAUGGGUGCAGACGGACACAGUCCUUUUGAGCGAUUCGCAAACUCUGUGGCGGCUACGUUAGAUGGACCAGUUACGUGGUUCCGCAAGUCCAUCGUUGAGCCUAAUCAAAAACAAUAUCCUUGGUAUCACCAACAAUUUCGCAGAGUGCCCACAAUCGACGAGUGCUAUACGGAUGACCGUGUGUGCCAAUUUGAAGCAGACGAGCAAUUUAGACGUGACAAAAUGGUCGACAAUGAAAUUCUCACCAUUUUACGACAACGUUUCGAAGAUUGCGUCUUUUAUGAGGCUCCAGAUCAUGUGGCCAAAUGUCAAGGAUUCAUGGAUUACUUGAAAAGAGCAGAAGAAAACUGGUUUACGAAAUAUGGAGACUUGGGUGCAUAUGGAAAAGCUAGAGCUGCUUAUAUGAAACAAAAGCAUCGUUUGAUUUGGGAGCGCCGUCAUGGGCCCGUUGGGAGUGGCAUGAAAACUGAAGGUGCUUAAAAAUCGACAUUUUCCACAUUGCAUAGAAAAAAAGAAAGAAUAAAAAUAAAUAUUUAAAUAAAUACAAA